CAGAAAAAGAGAAGGGCUUCUGCAAGAAGAGAAGAGAAGAUGAGGAGUGCAUACUAUCAUCUUGUGUUCGUUGUAUUCCUGCUGAGUAUAACAGCAGGUGCGAUGGCACAGAGCGCUACAAACGUGAGAGCAACGUACAAUUACUACAACGCAGCUCAGAUCGGAUACAAUUUAAACGCUGUGAGCGCUUAUUGUUCUACUUGGGAUGCUAACAUGCCCCUCUCUUGGCGCAGCCAAUAUGAAUGGACUGCCUUCUGCGGUCCCUCCGGCCCAACCGGCCAGGCCUCCUGCGGCCAAUGCUUGAGUGUGACAAACACUAGAACUGGAGCUCAGCUAACGGUGAGGAUCGUCGACCAGUGCUCUAAUGGAGGAUUGGAUCUGGACUGGAGUGCUUUCCAGAAGCUGGACACUGAUGGCUAUGGCUAUAACCAGGGCCACCUCAUCGUCAACUACAACUUCGUCAGCUGCGGAAACACUCUUCCCCUGCUGCCAUUCUAA